GCAACAGAGUGACAUUUUGCGGUGUGCUUAAUACCAAAUCUAAAGUUAGAGAACUGAGUUACAGUUUAAUGUGAUCAACUACAUUGUCAUGAUAAUUCUUUCUCUGACUUUUUGGUAGUGAAAGUUAGCUGUAAAUCAUGUCAACUGGAAAAGCAAAACCAGGCGUACUGAAGCUGCCUGGUCCACUCCCUGCUGCGGCCAACCGCAGCAAGCUAACCAGCCAGGCCAGCCAGAGCCGGCUGAUCAACCCUGCCAGCAAGGACCGCAGCUUGGCGGUGGGUGGGGCCUCCCGCACCACGCUGACCUCCUCCAGCCGCAAAAGCCAGCUGGCCCUGGACAGCAAGACCGAGCAGCGUCUCGGAGGGAAGAUCAACGCCAUGAUUCAGGUUUUUGACGAGGGAGGCAAUGAUGUCACCCCCCAGCCUCUGCUCAUCGUCGACCCCAACACCGUCAAACACAACCAGAGUAAAAUCUUCGGCAGUGGUGGAGACUCCAGCGGUGGCACGCCCACAGACCUGAUGUCUCAGGCAUCAAUCUACCAGACUGGCAACACCAGCUUUGCUGGGCCAUUCACAAGAUCGGUGUUUGGAACCAGUAUGACCCAGUCCAGUCGAUCGGCCGAGUCCUUCACGGAUGAAUUUGCUGAACCUGCCGCCGCCACCGAUAUCACCACUGGUCUGGGAGAUGUCCAAACGGAGAGGCAGAUCGAGAAGGAAGUCCUGACCGAGGAGGACUUGGACAAGGUGGUGACAGUCCAGCUGACCGAGACGGACACCAUCUGGAUGCUGGACCUUCCGGCUAUCUGUCUGUCGGCGGAGAGUGACGAGGCAGUCAAGGUCAAGGAACGCAACGAGAAAUACAAAGAGCUGUGCAAGAGUCGGGAUGGUAAUGACCGAUACGCUGAACGCGGCAUGCAGACAUUCAAUGAGCAUCCCAAGAAUAAGGACGUACAGACAAUGAAGAUCACUCACAAUGAUACCGGCAUCACUGCCACAACUUGGGACAUGUACGACACAUACGAAGAAAUUCAAGCCGAAAUAAGGAAAGCGGAAGAGGAAGACAUCAUUCCGGAGGAGGUGUCCGAAGAUCGUCCGCUCAGCACAGCAGCAAGCACCCUGUCCGUGUCAGAGCAGAAGAAGCGCGCAGCUACAGCUGGACGAGACGCUGACAGCCGGUCCAGUCUAAUGGCCAGCUCCAUAGCCGAGUCUGAUGUUGACUCUGAGGUCAAGAGAGACGCUGGAGGGUCUGGGGAAGUGAGCCUAGUCAUUGCUGACACAGCCAUCCUACAGUCGGAAGCCUUGAAGAAAGACCUGUUUGUGAUGGAGAGAGUGGUCACCCUCAACAACUUCCAGCCUAAGCAAGCGUCAUAUAGAGGGCUGCCCAUUCUGCCUGAUAUUGACCGCAUUGUUGAAGAAGACCCUGCGGAAGGCAGCUCAACCUCCGGUGCCGUCAACAUCGCCCAGCUUGGACCAAACCUGGACCGGCUCUGGGCUUACAACUGCAGUUUGACCAAAGGCCGUAAUGUCAGCUCCAUGUCCUGGAACAAGCUCAACAAGGAUCUUCUAGCUGUUGGCUAUGGUCAGUUUGGCUUCACCGAGCAGAAGGGAGGUCUGGCCUGCUGCUGGUCACUGAAAAACCCAGAGUUUCCUGAGAGAGUCUUUCACUGUGAGUCUGGAGUGACCGCCAUGGACUUCUCGGCAACCAAUCCAAAUCUCCUCGCGAUUGGUAUGUAUAGUGGCAUGGUCGCCAUCUAUAAUGUGAGAGGAAAUAACAACACGCCAGUGCUGGAUAGCUAUGAGAGCCAUGGUAAGCACUCAGCCCCCGUCUGGCAGUUGAAGUGGAUCGACAAGGAGAAGGGGGCAUCGCCAGAAGAAAGAGGGGAGUUGCUUAUAUCCAUCUCCACGGACGGCCGGGUCACACAGUGGCAGAUCAGAAAGGGCUUUGAGUGCGCAGAUCUUAUGAAGCUCAAGAGGGUAGCCAAGGCUACUAAGAAGCAAAAGGAAGGCAAGGAGACCAAGAGCGAGGGCUUCAUCUCACGCCAAGCCUCAGGGAUGUGCUUUGACUUCAGCCCAAAAGACCUCAACAUAUAUUUGGCAGGCACAGAGGAAGGUCAUAUCCACAAGUGUUCUUGCUCCUACAAUGAGCAAUACCUGGAUAGCUUCUUUGGACACACAGGACCAGUCUAUAGAAUUGAAUGGUCACCGUUCCUACCAGAUGUUUUCAUCAGCGCCAGUGCCGACUGGAGCAUACGACUCUGGGUACAAGACCGGCAGAAGCCUGUGUUGAACUUCUUCUCCUCAACUAAAGCUGUCAUGGAUGUGUCGUGGUCCCCCACAUCAGCCACUGUGUUUGGAUGUGUUAACGAGGGCGCUGUGGAGAUAUGGGAUCUUGGCACCAACAUGUUGGACCCAAUCAUCGUCAAUGUACCAGCGCCAGGGGUCAAACUGUCCUGCCUCAAGUUUGCCCUCAACUCAGACUGCAUCCUUGUGGGCGACAGCGAUGGCCAGGUGUCAGUAUACCAACUUAGGAACAUGCCACCAGUGGAAGACAACCAGAAAGAGAAGUUGGAAGACCUGAUCAAACAAACCCUGGACAGCGAACUCCAGUCUAAGAGGUGAGACCAACAUGGACUGGAGGGGCCUCUCACAUGGUAGCCAUCUUGGUCUAGUUCCUUUUGUUUUUGUGGUCAAACAUUAGUUUAAGGUGCCAGACCAUUUUGGACACUCGUUAAAGGGACAUUGGGAAGCGAAUGCAUCAACGUUCUGAUUGUGUGACAUUGUGUCAGCUUGCCCUUGCAACCUUAGACAGCUAUGGUAUUGCCUCAACACAGCUACCUUUUCAUCAUUCAAGGCCAUAAAGCUGGCAUGUUUCACACCACCAAAGAGUUAAAGGACAGACUCCUGCGGCAAAUUUUCUGGAGGAAUGCCUUGUCAUAAGAUUUCAAGAUUCUCGGAAUACACAGCGGUGUACAAUACCAUGACAGUUACAAUGCAGGGCUGUCAAGUCUACAGCAGAGGGCAUGCGACACACUGCAAGCCCUACUCUCAUCAUCAGGCUCUAACUAACGUCCUCCUGUGAUCUUAGCAAUGAACUCUUCCUUCUCUGUUAGCCUAGAAAAACCAUUUCUGUUUUGCAAUUGAACACUGCUGUGAAUACUAUCUGGACCCAUCUUUUAGCAGCCAGUUGAAAUGUGUUUCCACUCUUGAGAAUAUCAAGACUGAUGGUCGACAGAUAGGCAUCAUACCCUAAGUGCCUUGCAUCAGCAGAAUUGUCAGUCACUAUUUGAGUCAGUGUCACCAGCCAUGGCAGCCCUGGCAAUAUUACCAUCAUUAUAUAUUCCAGUUCCGUCCGUUUGCCAUCUUUUUUUACAAAGUUUUUGACACUAAACAUGUAAAUUCUGUCCAUUAGUUAUUCAUGUGUUAAUACGUUGUUGAAGACAAUCUGACGGUUUUAAUAAAAAGUGCCUCUCUGUGAUUUUGAAAUGCAUACAUACAUGUCAUUUAACAUGACAUCGAGAUUUUUGUAACCCACCAUCCAAAACACUGGCAGAUGUCAACGUGGCUUCUGGUGAAAGCUUAGCACACUACCAAAAGUCAAUAUCUGUGACUGUGUUUUAACGUUCUGCACAGAAAUCCAUUUUCCUGCAUUACAUGUAAAUAAUUGUCAUAAGCAAUACUUGUGAUAGUGCUAUGAAAAAAUAACCACCACCUUGAGCCUGGUUUUGGGAUAGUGGAUCACAUUUGGAUGGGUUUUAUAUAACGAUUCUGCUUGUUCAUUGUAAAUAUUGUGUGAAUAAAGAAUACCUUUAUAUGACAGCGUAA